AUGGACUCCAUGUUCGAGGACGACAUCGGCAUCCUGACGCCGGAGGCGCUGGGGCAGGACGAGGACUGGCUCGACAGCCCCAACACCGACCUCUCGGGCGAGACGUGCUCGGCCUCCCACUUCGCCCUCAUCACGGCCUACGACGACAUCAAGAACCGCCUGACGGGGCUGGAGCGCGAGAACUCCACGCUCAAGCGGCGUCUCAAGGCGUACGAGGCGCAGUUCCCGCUCAUCGGCGAGUUCGGCGAGGAGCACGUCUUCUCCGUCUACGAGGCCAAGGAGACCUCGCUGCUCAAGAGCGAGAAGGCGUCGCUGCAGCAGCAGCUCAACCAGUUCCAGCACGAGCUGCAGAAGAGCAAAGAGCGGGAGGAGCAGCUGGACGAGAUGAUCCAGGCGUACGAGAAGCUCUGCAUGGAGAAGAGCGACCUGGAGUCGGAGCUGGGCGACAUGCGGGCGCUCGUGGAGACGCACCUGAGCCGCAUCCGGAGCCUGGAGCAGCAGCUGCGGCAGCGCGACGGCGGCUCCUUCGGCAGCCUCGGCGCCCCGCUGCAGGGCCAGGAGGUGCCGUUCCUGCCGCUGCACGGCAGCCCCGGCCUGAGCCACGUGCUGGAUUGCCCCGUGGGCUGGCCCAGCCGCAGCCUGGAGCAGCUGGAGGCCGAGCUGGAGGCGGUGCGGCAGGAGGCCCAGCGCGCCCAGCACCGCGAGGAGCACCUCAACGCCGAGUGCGAGCGGCUGCAAGCCGAGCUCAAGCACCUGCAGGAGAGCCGGGCGCAGGUAGGGCCAGCGGAGCAGUCGGAGCGGGACAUGGCCUGGGUGAAGAAGGUGGGCGACGACCAGGUGAACCUGGCGCUGGCCUACACGGAGCUGACGGAGGAGCUGUGCCGCCUGCGGAGCCUCAGCGCCCUGCAGAGCCAGAUCCUGCGCGCGCUGCUGCAGGACAAGAGCCUCAACGGCGGCCAGCGCCACUCGCCGCUGUCGCAGUGCCACUCGCCGGCCCAGCAGCGCCGCUCGCCCGCCCCGCAGUGCCCCUCGCCCGCGCCGCCCGCCCGCCCGCCCGCUCCCCCCUGCCAGUCGCCGGCGCUGCAGCGGCGCUCGCCGGCCCCCGCCGGCAGCCCCUCGCCGGCCCCGCAGCGCCGCUCGCCGGCCCCCGCCGCCAGCCAGUCGCCCGGGCAGCAGCGGCGCUCGCCGGCCCCGGCCGCGGUGCCGGUGCCGGUGCCAGUACCGGUGCCGGCCCCGGCCGCCGCAGCGCCGCACCGGCCGCCCGGCGAGAGGGGGUCGGCGGAGCUGGGCUACGCCAAGCCCUCGAGCCGCCACAUCAAAGCCAGCUUCCAAGGGCGCCGGAGCUACUCGGAGGUGAGCGCCGCGGCGCCGCAGCAGCACGGCCGCUCGCUCUGGCUGCAGCCCGAAGCCUCCACGCUGCCCAAGCCGCGGCCCUACGGCGAGCUCUACCUGGGCGGCCCCGGCGCCCCGGCGAGCCCCCGGCAGCAGCCCUUCGAGGAGCACGUGCGCUUCGAGAAGCAGUCGUCGGACGAGGACGAGUGGGCCGUGCCCAGCCCGCCCAGCCCCGAGGCCGGGGCCAUCCGCUGCGCCUCCUUCUGCGCCGGCUUCCCCAUCCCCGCCGCCGCCGCCGCCGCCGCGGCGCACCGGACGGCGGCCGCCUACGCCCGGGCCGAGCACGCGCAGUCCUGGCCCUCCAUCAACCUGCUGCUGGAGACGGCGGACUCGGACAUCCGGAGCUGCCCCCUGUGCCAGCUGGCCUUCCCCGCCGGCUACCCGGACGAUGCCUUGGUAAAGCACAUCGACUCGCACCUGGAGAACAGCAAGAUCUGAGGGCGCCGCGCGCCGCGGCCCCCGGCCGCCCCCGCCCCGGUUUGUGGAUGCUGCAUGAAACCGCGCGGAGCCGCACGGCUCCCUAAAUACCUCCGAGUCUGCAGUAGCUACGAAAAGACUGAAGGAGCCCCCGGCCCCCCCGCCCCCGCCUCUCGCGUGUAAGUGGGUUUCCCCGCUCCCGCCUCUCCCCUGCCGG